AUGAAGACAACCGAUAAUGAGAAAGCGAAAUUGGAGCUGAAGUUAUCAUCAGCAGAAGCAGAGCAAAAGAGACUUCAGAACAAACAAGGGAAUGUCGCUAUUGGUUGUGCUAAGGCUAAGGAAGUCGUCGGUGCUGUUCAGAAAUUUGCCAUUGAUGUUAGGGGAAACAUUUUUCAAGUCCCCAUGACUAAGUAUCUUACUUUCCCACACAGGUAUUCAAAGGAGAUACCAGAUGCAUAUGAGUGGCUGCUGCUGCUGGAUGCAAUAGAAGGAGAAAGAAGGUUGUUCAUAAGAAGUGAUGAGCAGCUUGGUCACUCUUCACUCCAUUGCUUAAAGAGAUUGAGGAGAAGAAGAGAACCCCUGAGUACUAUCCUUAUAGGGAGCCGUGGUACUAUCAUUUGUGGAAACAAAUUCAUUAUUCUUGUGCAUUUUGUACUCUGUUGCAUCUUGUCAUAA